AUGACCUUGAGAUUUGGACACAUUCCAAAUCGUGCCUUUCGAGUCAAAUUUGCCUCUUCAACCUCCUCAUUGUUUCCUCAGUAUGAAGGUGUCCCACAAGGGACAUUAUUCCUGUAUUACCACCAAGUAUCUGAUCCUCCCUAUAUAUUUGUUUUAAGCACAGAAGCAAGGUGUGAAGGCAACAAUUUUCCAGGGAAAUUUAAAGCAGUCCUCAUGGGCCCAAUUAAACAGCAAAAUGCAGUGGGGCCCGGACAGGAUGUUUUGCCCCUGGACUCAACGAAUUGGUUGGGCCCCGUCACUUUUACUCUGGACAAUGCGUUUGUCAAAGAAUUUCGUGAUACAGAGAAUGAACAUGCUCAUGCAGUACUGAGGUCUUUACCAGCCUAUAGUGCAACUACAGUUGCUUGUGGUGAUAGUUUUAGUCAUAUAUUUCAUCAGUACCAUGCACUUCCUCUUUCUAAUUUGGAUUGGGAGAGAUGUAGUGCAGAGGAAGUGGCAAAUGGAUUCAUUGCUAUGUCCCAGCAGUGUCUGCAUCGUCCAAUGGAUCUAGAAGAUUCUCAGCACUCUGGACUUUGUACUGUACUUACAGAUAGAUUAGCCCACCUUAAAAUGUAAACAGGU